AUGGACGAUAUAUGUGAUUAUUGUGGAAAUGGGCUGACAGAAUGGGAUUAUAUGACAGAAUGUGGUCAUGUCAUUUGCGGACCAUGUUAUCAUCGACAUAACCGCGUCUGUCCAAUCUGCAAAAAGCCUUGCAAAUUUGCAUUAAUAGGUGAUCAGACACCUUACAAUGGAGCGGGAUUUUUGAAACCAGUAAAGACCUUGAUGAAUGAUUCUGAAAAUAUCGUCAAUUUUCAAUUAUCAUGCCUGACACGACUCGUUGGGGUCCUAAGAUCCAAAUUAGCCAAACAAAAGGAGAUACUAAACCAAGUCAAACAUGAAUUAAGCCUAGUCACAGAGUAUAAACGAGAGAUACAUCGUUUAAGACAGGAGAAUGAGUACCUAAAAUCCAAAAUCAGAUCACGUGGAGCUGGAAAUUAA